AUGUCGGACGACGAUUUCAUGCAAGCCUCUGACGAGGAGGAGUACGACUUUGAUUACGAAGACGACGACAGCAACAACGAUGAUGGUGCUGUUGAUAUCGAGAACAAAUACUACAAUGCCAAACAACUCAAGCAGUCCGACCCUCAAGAGGCUAUCGAUGAGUUUCUUGGUAUACCGACGCUGGAGGAGAGCAAAGGCGACUGGGGCUUCAAGGGCCUCAAGCAGGCCAUCAAGCUAGAGUUCAAGAUGCAGCGUUACGACAAAGCAAUAGAACACUACAAGGAGCUGUUGACAUAUGUCAAAUCCGCUGUCACGCGCAACUAUUCAGAAAAGUCCAUCAACAAUAUGCUCGACCACAUAGAAAAGGGUGCGGGUGGCUCACCUGAGGCCGGCAAGUGCAUGGAGGAAUUCUACUCUUUAACAUUGGCAUGCUUUCAAAACACCAACAACGAGCGUCUCUGGCUCAAAACAAACAUCAAGCUAUGCAAGCUUCUACUCGACAGGAAGGAGUAUGGCACUGUGACCCGUAAGCUUCGCGAACUUCACAAGUCGUGCGAGCGCGAGGACGGCACAGAUGACCCGAGCAAGGGCACAUAUCUACUUGAGAUUUAUGCUCUCGAGAUCCAGAUGUAUGCAGAGACACGCAACAACAAGCAGCUGAAGCGGCUUUAUCAGCGCGCUCUCAAGGUGCGGUCCGCGGUGCCGCAUCCCAAGAUCAUGGGCAUCAUACGCGAGUGUGGAGGAAAGAUGCAUAUGGCCGAGGAGAACUGGAAGGAUGCGCAGUCGGACUUUUUCGAAUCGUUUCGCAACUACGACGAGGCCGGGUCUCUGCAGCGUAUCCAAGUGCUCAAGUACCUACUUCUGACCACGAUGCUCAUGCGGUCCGACAUCAAUCCAUUCGACUCACAGGAAACAAAGCCGUACCGCAACGACCCGCGUAUCGCGGCCAUGAAGGACCUAGUCGAUGCUUACCAGCGCGACGACAUCCAUCAGUACGAGGCUGUGCUCAAGAAGAAUGUGGACCUUUUGGCGGACCCAUUCAUUGCCGAGAACAUCGAUGAGGUCACGCGGACCAUGCGUACCAAGGCCGUACAGCGUUUGAUUGCACCCUACGAAAGAGUCCGCGUCGACUGGAUAGCUGCGCAGCUUCGCAUUACCGAGGCCGAGGCACGCGACAUCCUGGGCUUUCUCAUUAUCGACGGCAAGGUCGCCGGCAAGAUUGACCAGUCGCGUGGCCUGGUCGAGAUUGAGUCUCGAGCCGAUAUGGACCGCAUCGUGGCCAUCAAGAGUUUGGCUGAUGCGCUUCCCCUGUACUUUGGUCAACUGUUCAGCUCGAGCGAGGGACUCAGGACGGGCGAGGCUUCGGCCGGAUUCUUUGGCGGCGCUGGCGAAGGUGACUUCUUCAUGGGCUUCGACGAGCCCCUCGGCGGGCUUGGUCAUGCAGUGAGGAGGAGCACGCGUGCCGGCAGAGGCAAGACUGCGGGGACUGCGUGGGGACGAGGUAGCAGCUCUGGCGCAGGGUCUUUGUCAUAUCUCAACUCUUCGGCAGUUCAUUCGACUUUCACAUGA